AGAAAAAGCCAAAGUGAGAACAAGUAUGGCCAUGGCUGAACCACCAUCAUCAUCAUCAUAUAUAUAUAUAAAGAAACUGCAAAAUAACAUUAUUUUAUCACUACAUAUAUCGAGGAAAGAAAAACACCCAAGAUAAAAAGAUUUCAAAUUUUUAGCUUGAAUUUCAAAAUUUGGGGAAAUUUGAGGAUGUGGGGUUUUGGGGGAAAGUAUUAUUGGGGAAGAAAAGAGAGAGGAAAAGUUGAAGGUAUAGUGGUGGUGUUCGCAUGGUUGUCAAGUAAAGAUCGAUACGUCAACAACUAUGUUGAUCUCUACUCAUCUCUUGGAUGGAAAUCCCUUGUUUGUCACUCUCAAUUUCGUAAUAUGUUUUUUCCUGAUAAAGCUGCAGCACUGGCAGCAGAGAUUGUGAACGAGCUUGUUAAGGAGCUUAAAGUUAGACCAUGCCCUGUUGUCUUUGCAUCUUUUUCAGGUGGACCCAAAGCAUGCAUGUAUAAGGUUCUCCAGAUAAUCGAGGGCAAAUAUGAAGAACAUACCAAUCUGGGUGAGUUCCGACUUGUUAGAGACUGUCUUUCGGGCUAUAUUUUCGAUUCUUCUCCAGUUGACUUUACUAGUGAUCUGGGUACUAAAUUUAUACUACAUCCAAACGUUCUUGGAAUGUCACGCCCUCCUCGCCUAGCCUCAUGGAUAGUAAAUGGAAUUGCUUCCAGUAUGGAUGCCCUCUUCCUUAAAAGAUUUGAAUCACACCGUGCCGAAUUUUGGCAGACUCUAUAUGCUUCUGUUAGCACGGGAGCUCCGUAUCUCAUAUUGUGCUCAGAAGAUGAUGAUCUUGCUCCUUGCCAAACUAUUUGCAAUUUUGCUCAGCGACUUAAAGAUCUUGGCUCUGAUGUCAAACUACUAAAAUGGAGUAGCUCCCCUCACGUAGGUCACUAUCGGUACCACCAAAAUGAAUACAAGGCUGCAGUGGCUGAGCUUCUUGGAAAAGCUGCUAUGAUAUAUUCUCAAAGAAUUCGUCAGCUUGAAGGGGAGAAGAUGGUGUUGGAAGGGUCACAUGAUGGAAUCUCUGAGCCUCUAGGCAAUCUUAGAAAAGCCGCUGCUACUGCAAAUCAAAGCUUCCAGAGCAUUUCCCUUGAGAUAAAUGACCACUUCUUAGUACCCAACUCUGUGGAGUAUCAUGAGGGCAGUAAUGGCGGGUCAGUUCAGCACGAACAGAAAGAACGAUACAUUCCCCUAUCAACCCCACCAAAAAUCAAUGCUCAUGGUGUUCUUGGUCAAGUUCUAUUUGAUGUGUGUGUCCCAAAGGUUGUUGAAGACUGGGACAUAAGGUCAUCGCCAACUUUCAGGAAGGCAUCAUUUGCAUCAACUCGAAGGCAUUCACCUUUCAAUCCUAUGAAAUGCAUUCGCCGUUCAAGAUUGUAGGAUUUCCAGUUCAUGAUCUUAGUGAAGAGAAUAUCAAGAAUACACGGGACAUGAGAAUGCCAUCGAAAAAGAAAAUCGAGACUGACUCUGAGGCUUGCUUGUUCAUUUUGUUGGCGAAAUAAGGACAACUCUCAGGAAUCCAGAGGUACAUUACUUAAAUCGGCUAAAUGUAAGCCUAAUUUUGGACAGAUUUUGCUGCGAAAAAAAGAUAAAAUUUAACAAAGUGUUAAUGUUGUGAAGGUUUCCAUCUUCAUUUGUUGCAUUACUCUGAUUGUACAGAAUUUCACUUUGCUGAUGUAGAAUAUAAAUUUAUAUUUUUUUGCUUCAAGAAUCAGAAGUGAUUUCAAACAGUCACAAGGGAGGGUGACUGACUUUA